CUAAAAAGAGGCAAGGGAGUAAGCUGCGCAGGUAUGUGAAAGGAAGAGCUUUCCAGGAGAAGGAACAGCAAGAACAGAGGUCCUAGGUAGGGAGCAUGGGAACGGGAAGGAACAGGAGGCCAGGUGGCUGGACUAGAGUGAGUUAAGGGGGAGAGUGGUCAAUGAGAAGAGUAGAUUGUGUGAGGUCUGUGAAGCCAUUUUAAGUACCUUAGCCUUUAAUAUUUGUGAAAUUGGAAGUCAUUGAAGGGUUUUGAACAGAAUGACAGGACCUGACAAGUUUUUAAAGGCUCAUUCUGGCUUUUUUUUGGGAACGGACUUGGGGAGGUGUGGCAAGAGCAGAAACUGGGUAAUCCAACGGAGAGGAUAGUAACUUGAUCCAGAUUGAAAACAAUGCAACUGGGUUGUGGGUUUUUGAAGAAUAAAUUUUAAAAUUUAGCUGGUGGUUUGACUUGUGGGGUGUGAAUGAGGAAUCAGGGACAGUGCUAAGGCUUUUGGCUUAAGCAAGUAGAGUUGCCAUUUACUGAUUUACUGACCUGGAGAAGACCAUGGAAGGGAAGAUGACCAGAAUUUGUCUUUGGACAUAUUAAAUCUGAGACGCCUUUUAGAUACCCAAAAGGAAAUUCAAAUAAGCAAUUAUGUAACACAGUCGGAGGUCCCAGGAGACACUGAAACUGGAAAUGUGCAUUUACAGUAUGUCAGGGUAUGAGUGGAAUUAGAGAAAUACCACUUGAUUUGUUCCCUUCCCUGUAGUCUGGUCCUUACCCUGGCAGUUUUGAGGCCUACCUUGAAGCCAUGGAGUUGGCCAUGACUUUUCUAUUAUGUAAUUGGGACUACAAAUGUCAGCCACUAAAAAUAAAGGUCAGGCUCUCCUCUGUCCUUGGAAAUGGCUGCAGGGACCACUGACUGUGCACACCCUCAAAGACAGGAAGUGAGGAAAGACCAGCAGGAGGCCGGAAAUAAAAAGAACUGCCUCUCUCCUUCCAAAAAUGGCUAACAUCUAUCUUUGAUCCCCACAGUGUUCCAGAAGGAAGUGUAUCUUCAUACAUCACCACACUUGAGAGCAGAACCUGAUCCAACUGCAGAGAUGGCAGCUGAGUCCUUGCCUUUUUCCUUCGGGACACUGUCCAGCUGGGAGCUGGAAGCCUGGUAUGAGGACCUGCAAGAAGUGCUGUCCUCAGAUGAAAAUGGGGGUACCUACAUUUCCCCCUCUGGAAACAAGGAGGAAGAAUCAAAAACCUUCACCACUCUUGACCCCGCCUCUCUGGCUUGGCUGACUGAGGAGCCAGGACCAGCCGAGGUCACAAACAGCUCCCAGAGCCCUCGCUCUCCAGAUUCCAGUCAGAGCUCCCUGGCUCAGGAGGAAGAGGAGGAAGACCAGAGAAGAACCAGGAAGCGGAAACAGAGUGAUCAGUCCCUAGCUGUGGCUGGAAAGCAACGCAUGAAGGAGAAAGAACAAGAGAAUGAAAGGAAAGUGGCACAGCUAGCUGAAGAGAAUGAACGACUCAAGCAGGAAAUCGAGCGCCUGACCAGGGAGGUAGAGGCGACCCGCCGAGCUCUCAUUGACCGAAUGGUUAAUCUGCACCAAGCAUGAAGAGUUGGGACCAUCACUUCCCCCUCGGGCCACCACCUACCUUUCACAAAAGUGGGUGCUGACCAUCUUUCUCCAGUGCCAAUGAUGUGACCCUCAACCCCAUCUAUUCAGGAGGCGGGAAAGCUUGGGGUAGACAACAGGAAAGGGUCUCAGCAUGUAUAUAGAGAUUGUAAAUUUAUUUAUUACUGUCCAUAUCCAUUAAAGUAACUUUCUAUGA